AUGCUGAGCCUCUACAUCUCACUGUUCCUCGCUGCUACGUGGACGUUAUGGAGAGUCACCCGCCGCCGACGUGCAGUCUUCGCCAACAUCCCGGGCCCUUCUUCCUCCAGGAGUUUCCUCGCAGGUCACCUUCCCCAGUUUCUCGGUCGGCGCGGGUGGGAAUGGCAACUUGAACUUGCUUCUGGCAAGUAUGGACAGGUCGUCAAGAUCGACGCAAUGUUCGGGAGUAAAUGGCAGGAUACGCUGACGUUCUCCACGCAGAAAAAGUGGCUAUAUAUUGUCGACCCUCUAGCUCUCAGUCACGUCGUGCUCAAGGACCAGCACAUUUACGAGGAGGCCCCGCUGUUUCUCGCCCUCAACAGACUUCUCUUCGGGCCCAGUGUUCUGGUCACCGUCGGCGACCACCACAAACGGCAGCGCAAGCUCCUCAACCCCGUAUUCUCCACCAACCACAUGCGAGACAUGCUCCCCAUCUUCUAUCAGAUCACAGAGCGGCUGCGCGACACGCUCGCGGAAAUGACCGCGGACGGACCGCGAACGGUCGACAUGCUUGGCUGGACUACUCGCGCUGCUCUCGAGAUGGUCGGGCAAGGCGGGUUGGGGCACUCUUUCGACUCUUUGGAGGCGGGCUCUACGAAUGCGUAUGUAGAGAACAUCAAGGCUUUAGGGCCAACGUUCAUCUCCCUGACCUUGGUCGUCCAGCUCUUGCCCCAGCUGAUGAGCAUCGGCUCGGCACGCUUCCGACGCUGGGUCGUCGAGCACACCCCGUCGCGGCGCGUGCAGAAGGUGCGGCACAUCGUGGACUCGAUGCACGAGGUCGCGUGUGCGAUCUUCGAGGGUAAGAAGGCCGCCCUCACACGUGGAGACGACGCCGUCGUGCAGCAGAUCGGGGAGGGCAGGGACAUCAUCAGCAAACUGCUCCAAGAGAAUCUCAAGGCGUCAGAGAAGGAUCGCCUGCCGGACGAAGAGGUGCUCGCGCAGAUGUCAGCUUUGGUGCUCGCCGCGAUGGACACCACGUCCAGCGCGCUCGGGCGCACGCUGCAGACUUUGGCGGAGCACCCGGAAGCGCAAGCUCGGCUGCGCGAGGAGGUCACGAACGCCCUCGAGAACGCUGACAGCGGACGGCUAUCCUACGACGAGUUGAUGGGCCUUCCGUACCUCGACUCGAUCUGUCGCGAGACCCUCCGAAUGUACCCGCCCCUCACGGAGCUCGGACGAUUCUCACUACGCAGGGCCCUCCAGGACGCCGUUCUCCCCGUGGGUGUGCCGGUGAAGGGGACAGAUGGCUCUCUCAUCACGGAGAUCCCGAUCCCGAAAGGCACGAUGGUGCACUUCGGGAUCAUGGGCGCGAACCGAAACCCUGCGCUCUGGGGCCCCGACGCGAACGAGUGGAAGCCGGAGCGGUGGCUGAGCCCGCUGCCGGAGGCGGUCACGAACGCGCCGACUCCGGGCGUGUAUUCUCACCUAAUGACAUUCAACGGUGGUGGCCGAUCUUGCAUCGGCUUCAAGUUCUCGCAGAUGGAGAUGAAGGUUGUUCUGUCCACUUUGAUCCGGCACUUCAUCUUCGAAGUACCGAAAGAUCUUCCAGCACCCAUCGUAUGGAGCUCAGUAGGGACCAUGUUCCCGAGCGUGGGUUACGAGAGCGAGAAGUCUGAGCUUCCGCUGAGGAUUGGCUUGGUGGGGCGAUGA